CUCGGAAACGAAUCUUAGUCUUGCAUGCCGAAAUCGUUUUGAGGGACCCUUUAGAUUCCCACGACAUCUCAAUCUGAAACAAAAGAUCAAUGACGAGAUCAAGACCAGCAUUGGCAAUACGCAUAAAAAGCAGCKUUGCAAUUUUGGACUGAUACACUCGGGAAAAAUCCUGACGAAUACAUGAUGGGUUUUCUGUCUUCGAAAGGCAAGAGCAAUGAGAAAUCAUCGGACUCGGUUCAAUCGAACCCGAAGUCUAUGAUGACAGGAACUCUUGCUACAAAUUAUAACUCAAAGGGAUUGAAUGAUGUUGCGGUCGUCGAGAGUCACAAGUGUGACGAAAGUUUCUAUCAUURUGACGAUGAUAGCGCAAGUCAUGACCAAAGGAGUUAUGAAGGCGAAGAUGAUCCUGGCCAGAUUAUUGAUUUCAUGAACGACGACGUAAAGGAUAUGACAUACGGACGUCGCAUCGCACUGAGAUUAAUGAAAUACAAGUGGUAUUAUCCAGGGACUCGCGACCCAAAUGAAAAAGAAGGCGAUAGCACCGACGAAGAAGAAGAGGAUUCUGCCCCCCUUGAUGACUUUGAUGAGCAUACCACACCCCAGAAGCCGUGUCUCAAAAGGGGAUGGGAAUUUUUUGAACACCAAGCGCUAUUCCGGUAUUUGGUAGACAAGAACGAUCCAUCUUCGAAUUCGUUGUGUCCAAAUUCUUCCCGAAAAUACAACAGGGCAGAUCCGGGUGAAGACUUGGUACCUACUCGUCUUUAUCCGUGGUUCUCUCUUCCUCACAAACAGCUGGGAGAUUUCGGUCUUGGAAUUGGCCUCUAUUUCUCCACGCUGCGUGCUCUCAUCUUUCUGUGUUUGACUUGCGGACUGAUUUCGAUGUACAACAUCAUAUAUUUUGCCRGUGAGAAGUAUGACCACGAGGGAUUCAACAAUGUUCCUGCGGAUACAUCCUUUUCAAACUUUUUUAUGGCUGGWAGUGCCGUGUGUCAUGCAGUGGAAUGGGUCCCUUGCCCUAAUUGUACUUGCAUUGCACUUCCAGUUGAUGAGUGGGGAGCUCUUGGAUCAAACCGUUGCGCCGCUGCCUCAUCGAGCAGCGGAGCCAAUAUGACUUUUGUUAUGAAGAACAACUGUGAUGGUACUCCGUGGCAACUCGCAACCACUAAUUUCGUGACCGUUGUUUUUACAGUGUUUGCUUUCAUGUUGAUGGGACGUUAUAUGAAAAACGAAGAAGUUAUGUUUGAUGAAGACGAGCAAACAGCUCAGGAUUAUUCUGUUUUGAUUUCUAAUCCUCCAAGUGAUGCCAAAGAUCCAGAAGAGUGGCGUAGAUUCUUCCACGACAACCUCGAUGGUGCAAAAGUUACGGUAUGCACCUGUGCUGUUCGCAAUGAUUUGUUGAUCCAAAGUCUUGUUGAACGACGGGAACGCAUCCGAUCUAUCCAGAGUAUAAAUCCUGAAAUUAGUUUGGAUGCACUUGAUCUWGCUCGCACGUCAGCUGAAAUUGAACGGGGUAGAGGGAUCUUUGGUCGUUUCCUUUCUAAGCUUGCACCGGGGAUACCCGAGCACUUCUCUCGGCUUGUUGCUCUGAAGGCUAGGGUAGAGGGUCUAGCACAGUUGGAAUACCCUGUCACUAAUGUUUUUGUAACAUUUGAGACUGAGGAAGAUCAACGAUACGUUCUUGAAAACUUGUCUGUCGGAUCUUCGGCCUGGGGUACGGUAGGCAAAGGCGGUAACGCCAGCGCACUCAAAAGUCCGAAGCACCUGUUCAGAAAUGACCGUGUUCUAAGUGUGACAGAACCUGAGGAACCGAAUACCAUCCGAUGGGAGGACUUGAAUGUUGGGCAUUUAAAACAACUCAAAUUGUUGACAGUUACGACAUUAAUUACUUUGGGGGCAGUAUUUGUUGUCGCAAUUGCUAUUUACCUAACAAACCAAGUGAACGUCUUAUGGUGCGCUUAUUCGUAAGUGGAAACUGAAGUAUUUCAAACGAGAACUCAAUUUGAAUAUGGCUGUUGUUCUGCAAAUUCUCACUCUUGUUGCACGACUUUUGUCUUGGCAUUCGAUGCGCACCUGCGGCGUUUAAACAUAUAGAAUUACUUUCUUCGGUAUGAUCUUUCCUAUGUUUGCAAAACUCAUGACAAACAAUAUUGAAGUCCACCGCUCGGAAAGUUCGAAGCAAGSGUCGCUCUAUUUCAAAAUUGCUCUAUUCAGAUGGGUCACUACUGCGAUUGUAAUUUUUCUGGUCACUCCAUUCGCGGAUACAAUUCGUGACGGAAGCGAAGGUAUUAUCGCMCAAGUAUUURCUCUUUUCAUCUCUGAUAUGACCUUGACUAAUGCAGUUGCGGUGUUAGAUCCAGUAGGUUUCGAAUGCAUUCGAUUUAUCUGAGUCUCUGUAACGUAUCUCGUGUUUCUAACUUUACCGCACCUUCUCAAUUUUCCUCUCUGGUCUAGGCGGGACACCUGCAGCGUCAUCUUUUGGCUCCAAGAGCGAAAACCCAGGAUGCUAUGGAUAUCUUAUUCCAAGGAACUCCAUAUGAACUAGCAGAGCGUUACACGGACAUGACCAAGAUUUUGCUGUUGUGUUUGUUUUACUGCUCGAUAUUCCCUUCCUCCUUUUUCCUGUGUGCAAUCAGUCUAACCUUGAAGUACUAUUGCGACCGGUUCAAUUUGAUGAACACAUGGAAGAGGGCCCCACAUAUAGGACCGGAGAUUUCGAAGAUCAGCCGUAUUUAUUUUUUUGGCUUUGCAAUCUGCAUGAUGGCGAUUUGGUGCAGCUAUUACUGGGCUGGAUUUCCAUUUGAUAAUCUCUGUCCGAAUGACAAACCUGUCAACGCUUCGUAUGUGGGMAACUUUACUUUGAAGGCACAUCUGAAUUAUACCAACAAAUUUGUUGAGGAAAACAUCACCAUCUUCGAGGACGCUACUGAAUACAGAUACUGCAACAUGGACUUUCUAGAUACUGCACCCUACUUUAGUUUUCCAUUCGUUCCAUCGAUGGGAAACCCCCAUAUCCAGCCACGCGAAUAYAUGACUCGUGAUCAGAUCGUUUCCACAWCAUACUGUGGGUGGUCUGCUUUUGCCGUUCUGGUUGCCAUUUUYAUGAAGCAUUGUGUGAGGUGGUACCGCAAGUACAAACAAUUGACCGGAAGCAGUUACAAAGCAGUUGGUGAAACACAAGGAAUAAACUUUAGUGACGUUCCGUCUAGAAGYGCAUACAUCCCGCAAGUCRUCAGUCCAGUUUUUGCUUACCCGUUGAUUGCGUGCAAGGUGGAUGGUAUAGACGAAGAACUUUUUGAAUUCAGAGAUCCUGAUCGGACUUUCAGGUAUUAUGAUCUGUCGAUGGAUGCGAAAAGGCUUCUAAAGUCACUCGACAUURACGAUCCCCCAGGAUUUUCURUUGUGAAGUGKUGGKAACCAUAGAAAAAUAGUUGAGAUAGCUCAAUUUGUAAUUGUUGAAAGGUUCAAGUUGAAAAUGUGGAAUAGUUUUGAAAUCUGGGUUUCAUUCAUUGCUAUUGCCUUCAUUAAUAUUUUACCA